CCUAAAUUAAAUACAAUAACGGAAAUGGAAAGCAGCAAUAUUAAUAUUGUUACUGCUUCAGAAAAGAUAGAGAGGAAAACACAAGAAAAGAUUAGAAGAAUCCAAAUGAAGUAUCUUACUUCUAAACUUUUUUCUCUCAUUCCUCCCCACCAUCACCAAUCUACAAAGGAGGUUUUGACAAAGCAAGACAAAAUUGAUGCUGCAAUUACUUACAUUAAGCAAUUAAAAGAAAAUAUAGAAGUAUUAAAGAGAAGGAAGGAAGAAGUGGUUGCACAAGACACAUGUGAUGAUUCAAAGAAAUCCAUGCCUACAACAACUUGUAGUAUAAAAUCACCAAUGGUUGAAGUUAGAGAGUUGGAUUCAACUCUAGAGGUCAUAUUAGUGAGUGGUUUGCCAAAGAACUUCACAUUGCAAGAGGUUAUAAAAAUCAUAGAGCAAGAAGGAGCACAAGUUGUUUCUGCUAAUUAUUCAACAAUUGACGAUACAAUUUAUUAUAUGAUCCACGCUCAGGUGAAAAUUGCUAGAUUAGGGAUUGAUGCAUCAAGGGUCCAUUUGAGAUUACAAAAGUUGGUUUGCUAAAUUUACUUAAUUAAUUACAAGCAAAGAUCAAUAAGGAGAUCACACUAAUACUUAUUCAAAUUGUUUAUGCCAAAGAACA